GAUUAAUUAUGGAUAAGGAAAUAUUUUUGGUUGAUUUGGAAGUCAAUUAAUUAUCAAUAGAAUCAAUAUAUUCCUUAACAUGGAAAAUAAUGAAUGAGACAUAGAAAUUUUUUAAUAGAUAGAAUAUUUUUGUUUGCCCUCAUACUGUUAAAAUAAAAGGAAAAGAUAACAUAAUUUAUUAACCAAGGAAUUGCGAAAUUUGUCAGUUCGCUAAGCUUAAUUUUAGGACUUAGAAUGAGAGAUAUAAAUAUAUGAUUUGUGGGAUAAUAUAUUUUUUAGUAGAAGGGAAGAAUACUCUAAAUAAAUAUUAUGAAUCCUAAAAUUUCUUUUUUUUUAAUGAUGUCAUUGGAUCAUUUUAUCAAAAUGAAUAUGUUUUUAGAUCUUUCUGGUAAAUAAUGGAAAAAUAAGAUUAUAUAUAAAAAAAAAGAAUUAUGGAGAAAAUGCCCAAGGCCAAUUAACCUAUAUUGUUAAAAGAAUUUGAAUUUUAAAGAUUUCGCAUAAUUAUUAUUGAUCCUUGUUUAGGUGGUCCUACAUAAAGAUUAUAAGAAUCUAAUUUAUUUUAAUUAAUCAGCUUCUAAAGAUUAUUAAUUGAUCUUCAAAAUAUUUAGAGGAAAAUAGGAAUGGAUAAUCCAUUGCCUCCUCCUUGUUACCAUAAUAUAUUUAUUGGACGUAGCUUUGGUAGCUAUUGUUAAUUUCGAAUCAAUAUAUUUUAAACAAAUCCUCAUUGUAGAUGCUAAAAUUUCAAAUUGGGUACUAUUCUAUAUGGCUUACUAAUUGGAAACAAGGAAGAUUAAUUUAUGGAUGAUUCAUUGAUUAAAUUUUCAAGAGAUUUAAUAAGUAGAUAUGAAUUUAAUAACCCUUAAUAGCAAUUUUAAUAAUAUUAAGAAAUUUUAGAUGAAAUUUACAAUACUUAAUAUUAAUUUUCAUAAAUUAUUGAGAAUGUUAUUGAUGCUAGUUUCUAUGCUAAUCUUUUGAGAAAUCACUUAAAAAAUAUUUAAGAAGGUCUGCUUUGGAGAUAUUAUAAAAUUCUAUUUCUAUAGGAAAUGAUUGAAUUAAUAGAAAAUAGAAUUUUAAACUAACCUUUCGACUCUAUUUACUUGCUUAAACUUUUGCUUUAAUUAAAAGAUUAAUAAGUAUUUAUUCAAUUUAUUUUUUAGUGUUAAAGAAUAACAAAUUAUAUUUAAAUAUCUAAUAAUAAUUUGCUAACUUAAAUUCAAAACAAUUAUUUAUAAUAAAUUUAGAAUAAUCAAAAUUUGGAAAUAGAAGAACAACAAGGUUAAAACAAUGAAAAUUUAAAUUAAACCCCAUAAUUAUUUUAAAUAAGAUGGAAUCUUUUUUAAUAAUUUUCUGAAGUAAAUGCCUUUAAUGAUCCAAAUAAUUAAAUAUUUAGAAAUUAAUUUUAAAAUACUGAAUUUAAUCAUAAUACAAUUAUUGACUUUGAAGAUCGACUUUAAAAUGAUUGA